GAUCCUAUCGGCAAAUCCCAGCGCAGAAAAGACGGAAUAUGGGUGGGAAAUGUAACCCAGGCUGAGCGUGACUUGUCUGAUUCCUGGCUGCUGUGCCGAAAGUAAAAGGAUCGUAAUGCUUUCAUCCACGCUUACCAAGAGACUCAUCCUCGGUUUUUGCCGGACUUCCCUGCGGCCGGCUGUUGCAGGACCUGUGGUGACCCGAGGUUACCGUGGUGAUUCCCCAGAACCAAAUUUGAUAGAGAUACCCUUGCCACCAUGGCAGGAGAAAAGAAAUGAAUCUCUGGACAUCAAGAGGAAGCGUCUGCUUUACGAGAGCCGAAAGAGAGGCAUGCUGGAGAACUGCAUCCUUCUCAGCAUUUUUGCUAAGCAGUAUCUGGAGAGUAUGAAUGAAGCUCAGCUGCGUCAGUAUGAUAGACUAAUCAAUGAGCCAAGCAACGACUGGGACAUCUACUACUGGGCAACAGAGGUAAAGCCAACACCGGAUGUCUACCAAGGAGAAGUGAUGGAUCUGCUGAAGGAGUUCACGAAGAACAGGCAGAUGGAGCAGAGGCUGGAUGCUCCGAACCUGGAAUAUCUUGAUAAAAGCCAGUGAAGCGUUGCCCACCUGUCAUCUCCAGGGGGCGCUAACACAAAGCUAAAGUCCCUCACUAUGUCAUAGCACAUUUAAAGGCAUUGGUUGACCAAAUAAUAAAUAAACAAUAAAGGCUAGUGCUAACUGCAGGCUGCUAGCUUUUAUUCUUUAUGCACUCUCAGCAUUUUUGGCCAAACGGUUCCCGUAAGCCUCGUUUGCAAGAACACCAGCCUCACAUGACAGAUUUUACGGGACGAGCUUCUUGUUGUUUAUUUAUUUUGAUCCUCUCAUCCAGUACAUUUACAUCAGCUACUGUAACGAGGCGUUAAAUUUUCAGAAUUAAAUAUUAUGUAAAUAGUGAACUUCUUAUGACCCCUCAGUAUGGCGGCAGUUUUGGUGGCAACGCCUGUUUAACCAAAGUGAGUUAAACACAGAGAAACACUGACAGACGUAAUUACUGCUUUUACUGAGCUUGUACAGUGAUUAUAAGGUGAAACUACAAUGUGCUGUAUUAAAGAUUAUAUUAAUCAGUGA